GCAGCACGUAGCGGAAGUACAGUUAGAGGCUGUGAGCUGUGUUUUUAUCCUCGAAUGCUACUCUUUUCAGAAAUGUACAGUUUGUACACAUUUACAGUGCGGUGGUAAACACUGAGCACAUUAAUGUAUAAUAACGAACGUGUUGUACUUUAUUGACAAACCGCGCGGAGUAGAUGUUAGACAAGUUCAGUAGCUGAAUAUCAGUGCUAGCUAACGAGCUAACAGGUGUUACCAUGUCAAAACAGCCGCUGGGGAAGACGUUGUUGCGGAAUGUUAUUCGCCACACAGAUGCCCACAACAAGAUCCAAGAAGAGAUGGAGAUGUGGAAAAUGCGAGACUGGGAGGUCCAGAAGUCCCAACACAAACAUUUUCCAGAUACAGACAGUGUGAGAGGACGGAUGCACUGCGAUCGAGUCCCAGAUUUGUCCAGAAACAGGAGUCGAAGCAGAGAACGAGUUUUAGAACACGACGACAGAGAGGCUCGAUACUGGACCCGCAAACUCUAUGAAUUUGAGGCCGGGGAUCCUGACAGAUGGGGACAUAGUGGCUUCAAGGAGCUUUAUCCUGAGGAGUUUGAAAGUGACAAUGAAAAAAGUAGAGCUGCAAAGAAGAUUGGUCACAAAAUGAAGAAGUCCAAGUCUGACACAGAAGCGCGCCUCUUAAAACGAUCAAAAAAAUCAUCCCGAAAGAAGAAAAAGAAGAAGAAGAGUGGGAAUGAAAAGAGAAAGAAAGACGGGUCCUCGAGCAGCGACUGCAGCACCGAUGACAGAAGCGAUGUAAAAGGCAGGCAAAAGAAGAAAACGAGGACUAAAAGCCGACACAAAAACAAGAAAACGGCGAAAACCAGAGAUGGAAAGGAGGACAGCAGCUCAGGGGACGAUAGCGAUGAGGAAAAAGAGGAGAGAUGGACUAAAAGUGGUAAAAAGCGAAAGCAGGACUCCCUGAAGGACUCCGAUUUGGAGCUGGACUCCAAAAAGCAAAGGAGGAACAACUGGAAGGCAGCAGGCGUUGAGCGCUCAGACAAUAGUUGCACAGACUGAGACAGAUGUGAGCAGACGCACAGCUAAUGAUGAGGAAAACUACUGCAGGUUUUAUUUAUUUUAUUUUUUUGCCUGGGCUCCACAGAGGGCUCCUGGCUGCAGGGCCGCUUUGUGUUGCAUUUUGUUCGACAUCAACUAACUUGUGCGUUUGUUCCUCUCUCUGGCUGCUCUGAGGAGUAAUAUCUCAUCAGCUCUGCGGCACCGUCAGCAGGCAGCAUGAAGGGGGUGGGAUCCACCACCUGCCCCACCAGGACUCCUGCAAGCUGCAGUCUCAUUGAUUGAUCACGCUGGUCUCAGAUUCUGACCUGACAUUAAAGGUUUUUAUUUAUCUAAGAGGGAAACAAGUGAAAUUAUGCAACUUUCAUUGG